AAUUAAUCAAACACGCGUUAUUAAAUUUUAUAAUAGACGUGGGUCACUAUAUAUGUAGCUUGAGAAAGACGAGAAAAUAAAGUUGGGCUCGCGCUAUUAUGCCAGAAUUUUGUCAUAAAACAUGUUGAAAUAUAUUGUUCUAUAAUUCUAGACAACUGAAGCUACCCGUUUGAAUAUAAUUUCCGAGUUAAAUGACCUGGCAAACGGUGCGAGCAACCAUAACUAGCUAACUGAGUCACAAGCAAUCGACGAAAGCAGGACAAAAAUUGCCAAUAGAACGUGAAAUGCUCGCCGGCGGCUUGGCGGGAGCAUGCCAAAUAAUCGUUACCACUCCAAUGGAACUGCUUAAAAUACAAAUGCAAGACGCUGGCAGAGUCGCCAUGGCAGCUAAGGAAGCGGGAAAAGCAGUGCCAAAGGUAUCCGCUUGGUCGUUAACAGUAGAUCUACUUAAAAAAAGGGGUAUAUUAGGAUUGUACCAAGGAACCGGUGCCACGGCGCUUAGGGACGUUACCUUUUCCGUUAUUUACUUCCCCCUCUUCGCCAGAUUGAAUGAUCUCGGUCCGAAGCGAGAGGACGGUUCAUCUGUAUUCUGGUGUUCAUUCCUUGCCGGAUGCGCUGCUGGCUCGACGGCCGCAUUAAUGGUAAAUCCAUUCGAUGUAAUCAAAACUAGACUGCAAGUUAUCAAAAAAGCACCUGGUGAUCCUACGUACAACGGAGUAUUAGAUUGUAUAUUAAAAACAUUUAAAAACGAGGGACCGACAGCGUUCUUCAAAGGCGGUGCUUGCCGAAUGAUAGUUAUAGCGCCAUUAUUCGGAAUUGCACAAACUGUCUAUUAUCUCGGCGUAGCUGAGUGGCUCCUGGGAUUAAAAUGAAAUCGUCAUAUCGCCGACUCGUGCCGUUCAAAUGCUCUGGGAAACUGACAAUAAUCGUUGUAGGGAUGUAGUUGUAUUUUUGCUUGAUAUUUUUGCUCUCCGUCGUCGCAAUAAAAAUGUUGCUGUUA